GUGGCCGGAAAAGCACGUUGGGAAUAGGACUUGAAAAAGUGUCAUUUUCCACCUCAGAGCAUUUGAGCUGGGCGUACUCCGUGCAUCUAAUGGUCAGAUACCCCUCUGUUAGCAUAGCAGGCAACGGUCAAGUUUUGAACUACCACUCUCAUUAGAAGUAGGAUUGGAUGGAUUGGAUUGGAUUGGAUUAGCCAGGACAGCCCUUAGCCCAUCCAGUCCAACCCAAGGCCCCAUCUCCAUCGCCAAGAGCAUCCCAUACCUGUGGAUCCUGGAUCCUGGAUCCUGGAUCGAAAAGGAAGUCAUCAGGGAGAGCAGGUAGAGGGAAUGCCGGCUUUUCAACCAGGAAGCCUCGUUCACCGUGCCUGAGACCGACCCCGUGGGCCGUGGCGGCGCUUUCGAGCUUGCUUUCUCGAUCCCUAGGCGACGUGUGUGACGCGGUCAGGAUUGUGCCAUUUGUGCCGUGCUCGGUUAUUUGUCCAACAACCGAUUGGUUUCCUUGACGUUUCGCCUGUCCGUUUUUAUCGCUGGAAGCGCGUCCAGUCAGUCACUUGGGAGGGAGGGUGAGAGAGGCCAAUGGCACGAACGCUGAACCCCCGGAGUCGACGAGGUCCACGAGCCUGUGUGGCGAGAGUGCAGGUAGAAGUCCCCGGUUACUCUGGUCCUCAGCAUCCUUCACAGGCACAGCCCAAGGCUAAGGCUCGACGUGGGGAGCCCAGACCACCUCAACCAUGGUAGACAGAGACUUGGAGGCGAAUGUGGUAGUUUUUGACCGUGAAAAGUGCGUUGGGAGUGAGCCACGCGCCGACCGCACGAGCCAGUGUGGAGUGAGGCCCAGGCCCCAAAGAACCAGUCGUGAUUUGGGAUCAAAAGGGAACGAAGGGGAUUCAGCCACUUCGGAGACAUCGUCAUCAUCGACGAACACCUCUUCGUCUUCUUCCUCCCCAUCGUCAUCGAGUGAUAAUAGUAGCGGACGGCGACGAAGAAGAGAUCGCCAAAGACGUGCCGCCAAGCGAGCUCACAUUACCGCUAAACUCGUCGGCCAACCCAUCGCUCAAAAUGUGGCUGAUCUGAACCAAAAACCUAUUUUGGAGUUGGAAGUAGUGCCCUCGCCAGAAAACGAUCUCACCGGGAAUUAUUACAACAAGUACAUCCGCAAUAAGAAAAGUCCCGAGGACAAUUGCCCGUCCCCAGAAGCUCGAACCCAAUCUCUCAUCAUGAACGAUGGUUCAAAAAUAACCACGCGGGUGUGCCUGUUUUGCCCGAAACACAACAUGGUAGAUGAAAAGAACUAUUUCGAACACUUGGUCAUCCAACACGGUGACUGUCUGUUCAAGUGUUCAAUGUGUGUCGACGAAUUGGAAGGAUCGAAAUUCGAGAGCUUUAAUGAUAUUCGAAACCAUGUGCAAGAAACACACUCCGUCAACAACGAGGACGGGGUAAGAGCCUUGAUUAAAGUGCCUUUUGUGAUGAACCUCAGAAAAUACAAGUGUCGAUUGUGCCAGGACGUAUUCGAAGCCACCACCGAAAGCGAGCUCACCACCUUCCAUUUCAAGGAAAAGCACAAUGCUCAGAAAGUGACAAGCAAGAUGCUCUUACGAAUUUGCCGAAUUUGUGGCGAGAGCUCAUGGAAGUCGGAUGCUGAAUUGAUCAAGCACAUUGGUCAAGUUCACCCGAGAAGUGAUUUCGACGACGACGACGACGAUGACGACGAUGACAAUGAUGAUCACGAGCAAGCCAAUGAUCGUCCAGCAAUUGAUAAUUUGGAGCAAGAAAUGUUGUCUGAAAAGCCUUUGAGAAAUGUCGUCCCAUUGAGAGACAGCAUUGUGACCGGCAAGGUGAAAGAGUCGCCCGCUAGAACCAAACAUAGGUCACAACCAUCUUCGGAUUCCGUGUCAUCUUCAGAUUCGAAAUCCGGCGAGGACACCGAACCCGAAACCGAGCGGAAGCAAAGCAAAAAGAAGAAGAAGAAAAAGAAAUCGUCCAAAACCAAGAGAAAGAGAAAGCUCUCGGAUACCGAAAGUCGGACCACCACCUUGGACUUCGAGCCCGAAGAAAAAAGGCCCAUGGUCACGAAAGCGGAUAUUGAGUGUGUGAACAAGCUUCGAAAGACUCGAUCCAAAGACAGUCGGAGUGAUGGAGAGCUGUCAGAGGAUGACAAGAAAUUGGAAGCGGGUUCCAAUGCCAUCAAAGAGGCAGCCUCUGUUAAGACGAUAUCUCGAUCGAGCUCUCGUAAACGACGAUCCUCUGAAAAUUCCAAGAGCCGAGAGAGAAACAAUAAUCACCACAGUCAGUCAACCGGCAAUAGUAAGAAUUCAAAAUCCAACUCCGAGAUCAUCUUCUGCAAGGAGUGUAGGAUCUCCUUCCCAUUGCGAGAUUCCUACCGACAUUACUCCAGUCGAGAUCACUAUAGCCGGAUCCGAAACUUGAUACGUUGCUAUCUUUGCUCGAAAUAUGUGCCUUACACCAAGGAUCAUCUCGAGGAAUGUCACGUUGGAGAGGUGUUCCAAUGCAAAUUAACAGCUUGUAGCCGACCCAAGUUUUUAGAUUUGGUUAAGGUCUUGAACCACAUGGAUGACAAGCACUAUUCUGAAACGCGGAACAAGAGCAACGAGGACCUGAUUCGACGCAACAUGAUUGGAAUCCCCAGGAACCUCCACGCCUACAAAUGCAAGUUAUGCCAACUCUUGUUCGUGGGGCAACGUGAAAGAGAUGUGCUCGAACAUCAGCGGAGGGAGCACAUCGACAAGCCGAGCGCCUCCAACAUAUUGUACCAAUGUCGGGUCUGCGGUCCCAAAGUCUAUUUCAGGGGCGAAAGAGACCUUGAGAAACACGUGCAGACUCACCGAAGUCCGUCGGAUCGGGCACUUUUCAGAGGAAGGCGAUCUCGGAGCUCAUCCCGGAGCUCAUCCGGGCGAUCUCGGAGAAGCUCAUCCUCAAGAUCAGAUAGCUCCCCGUCCCGACCUCGUCGUAAAUAUGUUCCCUGCUCGUUUUGCCAUCAAGUGACCGAAGACAUGGAUAAAGAUAAACGACAACAUGCCAAAAUGCACCAGAAACUGAACUUUAACUGCCAGAAAUGUGACUUCGGAGCCUUGGAUAGGUUCGAGGUUAUGGACCAUGUUGGCAGUGCUCACCAAGGCGCACCCACUCGGGACGAUGAAUAUUUCGGCCCUUGGAUCUCAUUGCCCAUGGAUCUUAGACGAAUCUUUUGCUAUGAGUGUCGUGCGCUUUCAGAUAAACGUGUAGAGUGGUGUGCACGUAGCAUUGAGGAUUGCCGAAAUGACUUUGAAACCCAUUGCCGGGACGAGCACAAGGGUAAGAGCGUGGAGUACUGUAUCUACUUGGGUUGCAGGGCUUGUAAUGAUCAUCAAUAUAUCACGAAUCCACUCAACGACUGGAAGAUCCAUCACAAAGAUCACGGGAUCUGGGCUGCCCGCAACAUGAAAGGACCCGAAAGUCCCAAGCUCAGUGCCAAUCCGAUUUCGGAGCCGCCGACGGCCGCCAUGUCGCCAGCUUGUUGCUAUUGCUGCGAGUCUCUGAGUCCGGAGACUACAAUUGAAACACAUAUCCGGAGGAACCACAUGAGUUUGGUCUAUCAAUGUAAGCUAUGCCCGACCGUGGAUCAAAGAAUCUUCACCGAUGAAGGCCAAAUUAAGCAUCACGUGGAUCGCGAUCACUCCUCGGAUGCACGGCAGUUACGAUGGAGAGAUUGGAUUCAAGUCCCGCAAGAUCUGCGGUCUGUGAUUUGUAAGUUGUGUAUGGAGACAUUUUAUGCACUGGGAUCGAAGGAGAUCCAAGAAACGCAUUGGCGACACCAGCAUCCCAAUGCCAAAUUCCGGGAAAGCCAUUUGGAGUUCAAAUGCCGCGCUUGUGAGAACGUGGAUGAAUUUGAAGAUGAGCAAGAGCUCGAGGACCAUUUUAAAAAUAGCCAUUCUAGUCAGCUAUCUGAAACUUCCCAUGUUGUUGAUGGCGACACUACUAUUGUAAGCACAACCACUUCAACCAAAGGAUCUAGCCCAAUUCCAGCGUUGUCGACUUUGGCUGUGUCUCCGCCUCCUCCUCCCUCCAUACCACCCAUUGUCCAACCUGCCAUUGUUCCCGCCCCUUUGUGUGAUCCUAGGCUCGGCAGUUCGUCGACGGGUCCUCAUGGCCCACCUUAUUCCAGCACGUCGAAUUAACCCGCUCUUAUUUCUGUUCCAUUCUCACAGGACAAGCUAGCCUACUAGUUUCACUUCUCGAUCCCAUGUUGAAGGCUUCCCUCUGGAAACGCCCAGCGAACACCUCAGAAGUCGAUCACCUGGAAUUCUCAAGUGGAUGUGUUCUAUUUCCUGCACAUUUUGAUGUUAUGCCGUUCAGUCAAGGCGUCACCCUGGCGCUCGCUCUAUCUCUUCGUGUGAUUAAAUCCAUUGUGAACCUUUGCUCAA